AUGUCAUCAAUAAAGGAAGAAAGUCUUGUUAACAAUCCUCAUCACAACUAUGUUCCUCUUGAUUCAAAUUUACUAAGAGAUUUAGAUACUACUGGUGGUAUUCACAGUUCUAUACUAUCAAGCAUUGAAGAUUUAAUAAAACAAAUUGUUAAAGAUACUCAGAAGUAUAUUACUAGUUUUACAAAUGGGGAUAUUUCAAAGUUGGAUGAAUCAUAUAUUUUAACUCAGGCAGAGAACUUAAAAAAUGCUAUAGUUACCCAAUUUGAAUUACAAAAUUAUGAUAGAUCAAUAAAGAUAUCAAAAACCAAAAUAAAAGAUAAUAUGAGACGUGAUGCCCAACUUGAUGAAGAACAGUUGGAGGAAUUAGCAGAUGACAAUAUAUCAGAUAUGAUUGAGAAAGAUUACUAUUCGUUCAACAGUACUCAACAAGGAUUGCUCUCUACGGUUAUUAAAUCAAAUGCGGAUUAUCAAUUACUUAAAAAUGUGGUUUUUAUUGUAAAUAAUCCUGAAGAUCCAAUUCCUGAUGAAGAAGACGAUGAAGAAUUAAAUGUGGCAGGUGGUAAGGUUUCAUUAAAAGAUCCAAUUUCCUUACAAUACUUUCAAGAUCCAGUUUGUUCUAAGAGAUGUAAACAUACUUUUGAAAAAAGUUCUAUUCAAUCUCAUUUUUCAAAAGGUGGUUCGAAUUGUCCUAUUGAUGGAUGUUCCCAAACUAUAACACGAGCAGAUCUUUAUCCUGAUCAAUUAAUGAGAAUAAGAGUAUCGAUUUAUAAAAAGUUGGAGGAGAAAGAACGUGAAGAAGAUGACGACUUAGAAAGAGUUAUAUAG